AUGUCCAGUGGAAUCAGAGUUAUCCCUCCCCCUUAUGGUACAGAUUCUGCAUGGUUUGGGGCAAAGCUUAUCAGCAAUAACCUGUGCUAUGUCGCUCUUGAUUAUGAAGCUGAGCUAGCAAAAGAUACACAAGCAUCAUUUAAAGUUGCAGAAGCCUUGUUCACUCUGUCGAAAGAGCGCUUUCAAACAGGAGAGAUUCUUUUUCAGCCACGGCUUGCAGGAGUGCGUGCAAUGGGUUUGCAACAGGCUGUGGCACUUUGCAUAGAUCAUUGCCAAGAUGCAGAAUUAACAGGCGAUGAUGGUUGGUUUAAGACUGUAGUCUUGGCUGGGGGGGUCUGCGUGUUUACCGGGACUAUCAGGUAG